AUGUGGAAACGGUAUUUAUACGUGUCUAAUGUUCGUUCUUCCACCCUCAACAUGGAGACUUAUAAAUUAAACCUUACUUCCAAAAAAGAACUCAAAUCGCAUAUAGAAGAGCUCGAAACUUUAGAUUAUGUCGUAUCAACGACUAACUUGUUUGAAGAUUGUGCUCAUGUCGUGAUGAAAUUUUUUAGAUCUUGGAAGGAAAAUGACUUGGAGUUUGUAAGAUGCAAAGAUGGGAUCACAAAUAAGCUCGUAAAGUGCACUAACAGGUCUCUCGAGUUUUCGAUAUUAAUUAGAAUUUAUGGAAGUGGAACGGAAAAGUUUAUCGACAGAGAACAGGAAACUAUGGCAAGCAUAAAUAUGGUAACGUUAUCUGAACUUGGAUUAGCUUGUCCAAUAUAUGGUCGCUUUAAAAACGGACUUGUGUAUGGAUAUAAACCAGGUCGUGUGUUUUCAGUGUCAGACAUGAGUGACCCGUACAAAUCCUCAUUGGUGGCCAAAGAGUUGGCUGUUUGGCACCGGGUAACUAUCGCUGGAGACAGAAAACCCGACUUAUUUUUUACUAUACACAGGUGGAUUAAAGAAGUACCGAAAACAUAUACCAACCCAGAGGUCGAUGAAAGAUUCCGAAAAAACUUUAACAUAGAAGAACUCAACAAAGAGUUGUCUGAUCUAGAACAAGAGUUAGCAAAGGUGAAGUCACCCGUAGUGUUCUGUCAUAAUGACCUUCUGCAUGCGAACAUUAUCUAUAACGACGCUAUGAAUGAGGUAUCGUUCAUAGAUUAUGAGUAUGCGACUUUCAACCCCCAAGCAUUCGACAUUGGCAAUCAUUUUAACGAAUUCGGGGGGAUCGCAUGCGACUACAGUCUAUACCCGACAAAGGAGUUCCAACUGCAGUUUUUAGAGCAAUAUUUGAGGGCAUAUAAUCCAGAUGCCUCUGUCGUUACUGCCGAAAGAAUAAACGAAUUAUACCGAGAAGCAAACAAGUUUGCUCUUGCUUCUCAUUUUUAUUGGGGCACCUGGGCCUUGCUCCAGGCCAACCUUUCUGACCUUGACUUCGAUUUCAUGGGCUACGCAAUACUAAGAUUUAAUGAAUACUAUAAAAAGAAAAAUGAUUUUUUAGAAUUAUAA